AUGAGGCUUCUUUUCCUCUUAUUGCGGGGUUGCGUUGUGCUGGCAGUGGAGCUUACUACACUUAACACAAAUCCUAAGGUUCAAGAAUAUCAGAGAGUGGAGCUUUCUUGUAUCAUUAAAAACAGCAACACCAAUGACCCGCGCAUCGAAUGGAAGAAGACUCGUAAUAAUGAGACCACCUAUGUCUUUUUUGAAAAUAAUAUUCAAGGAGACUUAAAAGGUCGUGGUGAAGUUCAGUCCCAAAGCUCGUUGGUUAUAUCUAAUGCCAGCCGGACCGACAGCGGAACGUAUCGCUGCGAAGUGGCCACCGUGGACGACCAUAAGAAUUUAGCAGAGAUUAUCAUUAAUCUCACUGUCAAAGUAAAACCAGUGACUCCCCAGUGCCGAGUGCCCAAGUCUGUCCCAGUGGGAAAGUCUGCCAUUCUGUAUUGCCAGGAGAAAGAAGGUUACCCCAAUUCUGUGUAUCGAUGGUAUCGCAAUACCGACGCACUGCCCGACGACUCGAAAACCAGCCCAAAAUUUGUCAAUUCAUCUUUUACCUCAAACACCAAUACUGGAACCUUGGACCUGCUGGCAUAUUCGUUUACUAAUGGCUGA